UAGUUCAAAGAUCUUCAGACAGACAGAGCUGAAGCUGAGUGGAACUCUGCAGAUACAGACCUGUAAAACAAAAAGUCCUUUUCCUGCACUGAAGGACUCCUCACUUUAAGGUUUUAUUCAUCUUYGUGUCCCGUCAAACUAUUUGCAAAGAGAUGCUGAAAUCUGUUUUGCAUCAACUUUGAACCAACUCUGGAUUUAUCACACCCAACAAUGACCAYGGAAAUGCCCGUGCAGAGGCGAGGUGGACCGUAUAGAACCGAACCGGCCACAGACCUGAGCCGCUGGAGGCUGACCUCUGUGGAGGGCAGGCAGACCUGGGACUACAUGGAGGACGAGGACACCCCUGUCAGAGAGCAGACCAUGCUGGAAGCUCAUUGCGUCGGCUUGGACACUAGUAAGUUUGUGCCUGACUCUCCAGCUGCCCAGACUUCCUCCGAUGCUUACAUGAAAGGCAUGAACUUCUUCAGCCACCUCCAGGCCGAGGACGGUCACUGGCCCAUGGAGUACACCGGACCCCUCUUCACUCUCCCAAGUUUCCUUAUCGUGUGUCACCUGACAAAGAUCCAGCUGCCAGAGGCCUGGAAGAAGGAGAUGGUGAGGUACCAACGCUCCGUUCAGCUGCCAGAUGGCGGCUGGGGUCUGCACAUAGAAGAUAAAUCUACCGUGUUCGGAACGGCGCUGAACUACAUUGCUUUGAGGAUCCUGGGGGUGGAUCCUGAUGAUCCAGGUUUAGUUUGCGCUCGGGACAACCUGCACAGAAAAGGUGGUGCAGUUGGGAUUCCUUCAUGGGGUAAAUUCUGGCUCGCUGUACUAAACGUCUACAGCUGGGAGGGCAUGAACACUUUAUUCCCAGAGAUGUGGUUGCUGCCCACCUGGGUACCAGCCCACCCCUCUGUCCUGUGGUGUCACUGCAGGCAGGUCUAUUUAUCCAUGGGCUUCUGCUAUGCUGUUCGACUGAGCGCAGAGGAAGACCCUCUGAUUCUCAGCCUCAGACAGGAGCUGUACGUUCAGGACUACGACAUCAUUAACUGGCCCGCUCAGAGGAAUAACGUGGCAGAGUGUGACCUGUACACGCCUCACAGUACGCUGCUAAACAUCCUCUACAAGGUGUUGAACGUGUACGAAGCUCACCACAGUGCCGCGCUGAGAAAAAAGGCUGUCAAAGAGCUGUAUGAGCACAUCCAGGCAGACGAUCGCUUCAGCAAAUGUAUCAAUGUUGGACUGGUCUCUAAGCUUCUCAACAUGUUGGUUCAGUGGUACAAGGGCGGUCCCUCCUCUGCAGCUUUUCAGGAUCACGUCUCCAGGGUCCCCAACCACAUCUGGAUGGGACUGGAUGGCCUGAAAAUGCAGGCUAUGGACGGAUCUCAGCUCUGGGACACUUGUUUUGCAGCUCAGGCUUUUCUUGAGGCUGGAGCUCAGAAUGACCCCAAAUACUCUGAGCAUCUUCGUAAGGCGCAUCUCUUUAUCACAAAUACACAGAUAGCUGAGGAGUAUCCAGAUUACCAGAAAUACUACAGACAGAUAAGCAAGGGAGGAUUCCCCUUCAGCACUCGUGACUGCGGCUGGAUUGUGGCCGACUGCACAGCCGAAGGCCUGAAGUCAGUGAUGCUGCUGGAGGAGCUCUGUCCCUGCAUCAGGCAGCCUGUCGCCUCCGAACGUCUGUACGAUGCCGUCAACGUGCUGCUGAGCAUGAGAAACAAAGAUGGUGGAUUUGCUACGUAUGAAACUACAAGAGGAGGAAGACUGCUGGAGAUGCUCAACCCCUCUGAGGUGUUCGGUGACAUCAUGAUAGAUUACACCUACGUGGAGUGUACCUCAUCAGUGAUGCAGGCGUUGAGUCACUUCCARAAGUCCUACCCUGAUCAUCGCUCUGAGGAGAUCAGCUGCACUCUGAGAGAAGGUCUGGAGUUCUGCAGGAGGGUGCAGAGACCUGAUGGAUCCUGGGAAGGGUCCUGGGGGGUCUGCUUCACGUACGGAACCUGGUUCGGCCUGGAAGCCUUCGCCUGCAUGGGUCACACUUACCAGAAUGACAGGGAGGUGCCUGAGGAGGUGCAGAAAGCYUGUGGCUUCCUGUUGGAGAGGCAGAGGUCAGACGGAGGCUGGGGGGAGGACUUUGAGUCGUGUGAGCAGCGCCGCUACAUCCAGAGCAGCACCGCUCAGAUCCACAACACCUGCUGGGCUUUGCUGGGACUCAUGGCUGUCAGACAUCCUGAGCAGCAGGCCGUCGAGAGAGGAGUUCAGCUGUUGAUUGACAAGCAGCUGCUGAACGGAGACUGGCCUCAGGGAAACAUCACAGGCGUGUUCAACAAGAACUGUGGCAUCCACUACGCCUCCWACAAAAAUGUCUUCCCCAUCAUGACUCUUGGACGCUUCGCAAGGCUUUACCCAGCGGCGGCGACGAACCUGUGACGAAUAUGUCCCAAAGUAAAUAAAACAGUUAAAUCUUCAGGAAGUCUCCCUCAGAACAGAAGAUGUUUGUGGACAGAGAAGUGUCCUCAGCGGAGCAGGACGUUGUCUUUCCAUAGAUCCAGAGCCGACCAGUAGGAAGCUCACAGAGGUACCAGACCAGUUUUUCAUUGCCACAAGUCCCAUUAUCCAAAAUGUUGGAUAUGAAAACACUUUACCAGGUGGAGGUUAUGUUUUUCCUGUGGCUGGUGUUCUUCAAGGAACCAUGUCUUCUUCUGUUUUCAGUUUUUUAACCCUCCUGUUAUGUUCAUUUCUGAGGAGCAGGAACUUAAACAGUUUCCUUACAUGGAAGUUUUCAAAGUAAUUUAAUGCGAACAGAGAGAAAAAACAUGUAGCAGCAACAAAAGCAAAGCUGUAUCAGAUUAUGUUCAAAAUAAAAUCAUUGUAU